CCUCUGACCCACCUCGAGCCAUCGCCAUCCUCAGCGUCGCACGGUUCUCGGAGGUCUGCACUUUUCUCAUGUUCCUCUUGCAGCACCGCCCAGAAAGGGGACUUCUCAUUGACCAGGAAAGGAAGUGGUUGGGUAGAGCUGGGACUUACAGCCAGACUUUCGUAUAAAAAUCUAGUCCUCUGGAAGCACCGAAAACUGUGCUGCCAAGUGGAAAGCACUGUCUGUGUCAAAUCAAAAUGUUCCCUGAUGCUGAGAGAAGGACAACGCCAGCACGAGGAAGUCAUUUGUGUGUCAUGCUUUGGAUUGUGGCUCUCCCCACAGAUCAAAGCCUGUCGCAGUAAAAGAGAUUCAGGGCAGAGGGGGGCCCCCCCACAGAGCGUGGCGCCAUUUCCCAAAGGAGCCAGAUGGAGGAGAAGCCGUCCACCAGGAAAGGUCGGGGUUUCUGCUCCCUGCGCUACGGGCUGGCUUUCAUCAUGCACUUCUCAAACUUCACCCUGGUAACCCAGCGUGUGAGUCUCAGCAUCGCGGUCAUCGCCAUGGUGAAUGGUACCCGGCAGCCUGCUCUGUCCAACGGCUCCGCAGGGGAACCUGUGGUAGAUGCCCUCGAGGACCCGGGCAGACCCAUCCAGGGGUUCAACGCAGGGACCUCUGUAUACGCGUGGAGCCCAGAGACCCAGGGCAUCAUAUUCAGCUCCAUCAGCUACGGGAUCAUACUGACUCUGAUCCCCAGCGGGUAUUUAGCGGACAUAUUCGGCGCAAAGCAGAUGCUGGGGGCCGGUCUGCUCACCUCCUCUCUCCUCACGCUCUGCACACCCCUGGCUGCUGACCUCGGAGUGACCCUGCUUGUUGUGAUCCGGACACUCCAGGGUGUGGCCCAGGGAAUGGCGUGGACAGGUCAGUUUACAAUUUGGGCCAAAUGGGCUCCCCCGCUGGAACGAAGCAAGCUCACCAGCAUCGCGGGGUCAGGGGCAGCGUUUGGGUCCUUCAUCAUCCUCUGUGUGGGGGGACUCAUCUCCCAGGCCUUGGGCUGGCCUUUCAUCUUCUACAUCUUCGGUGGUAUUGGCUGUGUCUGCUGUCUGCUGUGGUUCACCAUGAUUUAUGACGACCCCAGGCAUCACCCAUGCAUAAGUGUCAGGGAAAAGGAGCACAUUGUGUCCUCGCUGGCUCAGCAGCCCACAUCUCCUAGACGAUCUGUCCCCAUUAAGGCUAUGGCCAGAUGUCUGCCACUCUGGGCCAUUUUCACGGGCUUUUUCAGCCAUUUCUGGUUAUGCACCAUCAUCAUAACGUACCUGCCGACGUACGUCAGUUCCGUGCUCCAUGUUAGCAUCAGAGAUAGUGGGCUUCUGUCCUCCCUGCCUUUUGUUGCUGCCUCAAGUUGUACAAUUCUAGGAGGUCAGCUGGCAGAUUUCCUCCUGUCCAGGAAUCUUCUCCGACUGAUCACCGUUCGGAAAAUUUUUUCGUCCCUAGGGCUGCUUCUCCCGUCGCUCUGUGCUGUGGCCCUGCCCUUCGUGGCUUCCAGUUACGUGACCACCAUUAUCCUGCUGAUACUUAUUCCUGGGACAAGCAACCUGUGUGACUCGGGGUUCAUCAUCAACACCUUAGAUGUUGCCCCUAGAUACGCAAGCUUCCUCAUGGGGCUGUCCCGGGGGUUCGGGCUCAUGGCUGGCAUCAUCUCCUCCACGGCCACCGGGUUCCUCAUCAGUCAGGAUUCUGUGUCUGGCUGGAGGAACGUCUUUUUCCUGUCAGCUGCUGUCAACAUGUUCGGCUUGGUUUUUUACCUCACGUUUGGGCAAGCUGAAAUCCAGGACUGGGCCAAAGAGCGGACCCUCACCCGCCUCUGAGGACGCAGAGCUGUAGACUUACACGUAGGCCUGACCACUAACUUUUCAGCAUUUUUUUACUUGCUGUUGUUCUUUCUUCAUGUUCUUCAUCAUAGGCCCAGCAGUUCUCAACUACAGCUGGGUGUUAAAUUUUCCUGAGAAGUCUCUACAGCACACAGAGGCAUGGGCCCCACCCCAGGAAUUCUGAAUGAACUGGUCUGGGGGGCCACCCAGACACCACCGGUGUUCUGACGCGUCCCAGGGUUUCUAACACACAGCCAGGGGUGACACUGCUGGACACGCGUGAAACACCAAUUCCCAUUGCCUUUGAAUUUUCCCCUUGGGAAAGUCCUGGGUGAAUAAAAAUCUAUGUGAGAAUCAUCACUGAUAAGUACCUUCAAGGGGGUGGUUAGAAGCACAGGGACAAUCUGCUGGGAACUAUAGCCCUGUGUUAGAGAGCUCAGCACAGAACAGAAUCGCAGAGCUGUAAUCCACACAAUGAACAUUUUUAUUGUUUUUAUACAUUGUGAAAUUUGAAUGUUUAUUUAUGUAGUGAAAUUCUAUUAAAGCUCACAUGCUAACAUUGAA